UACGGACGCUCGGAUCAUGAUUGUUGGUUGCCUCGGGAUCGGCGGUUCUUCGUUUCCGAAUACUCUCAAGCUCCAGCGCCAACGAAGCGCCAAUCCUUGGAAACUCACCGGGCGGCGCGCGCGAUCGAGCGAUCGAUGUUGCGCAUCUCCUUUGCCCGUCUUGAACUAUAUUGAUAACAAGGUUAUGCCAUUAGGAUCUCAUCAUCUUCAAUGCCUCUCCGCCGCCAUGUCCUUUUCCCGCGCUAACGUAAGGGUAAUGACACGAAGCCGGAACCCAUGGUGCCGGGGCUUCUGCGACCCCCCGCCGUCGGACGGUGGAGGAGGUCGCUUCGGUAGUUUUGUCAGCGGGGAUUCGCAUAUCAGGACCGUGAGUGAUGCCAAUUUUGUGUACCGCCACGGCUGUAGUGGGAAAGCUUGGGUUCCUCGAGGACCUCCAUACCAAUCCUUCCAGUCGUGGCCACCGCCGCCAAAUUUCGUUCCUUUCCCCCCGCCGCCAUUUAGUCAGCCUCCCCCAUACUAUCGGCCUUUUCCUCCACCCUUCAGGAGGCCAACGCCGCAGCCAAAGCCAGCGGAUCACCGUUAUUGGGUUUUCUCACAGUCGCAGCCCCCGCCUCAAUGUGAGAGAUUUACAGUGAUGUCUUACAAUAUCCUUGCGGACUAUCUUGCAAGAGAUCAUCGAUCCAAACUUUAUUUUCACAUUCCUCAUCGUAUUUUGGAUUGGGAAUGGAGAAAAAGAAGGAUAUUGUUAGAGUUUGGCUUAUGGGCUGCUGACAUUAUUUGUCUUCAGGAGGUUGAUCAUUUUCAUGACCUGGAAGAGGAGCUAGCGCGUCGAGGCUAUACUGGUAUUUGGAAGAUGCGCACUGGCAUGGCUGUUGAUGGAUGUGCAGUUUUCUGGCAGACAAAUAGGUUUCAGUUGCGGCAUGAGGAGAACAUUGAGUACUGUAAGCUUGGACUUCGUGAUAAUGUUGCCCAAAUUCUUGUCUUGGAGUCCAAGAGUCAAAACCUGAUGGGAAGUUCAGCAAAUUCUUUACCUGGAAGCUCUAAUCACUUAGGUGGCACUAACCUGGUUGUCAUAUGCAACAUCCACGUUCUUUACAAUCCGAAAAGAGGAGAAAUCAAAAUUGGGCAGGUCAGGAUGCUCCUUGAUAAAGCUUAUGCUGUUUCUAGACACUGGAAUAAUGCUCCUGUUGUUAUUUGUGGUGAUUUCAAUUGUACACCCAAGAGCUCACUGUACAAUUAUAUUUUAGAACAAAAGUUAAGUUUGUCGGGACUUGCUCGGAAUCAGGUGUCAGGCCAGCUCUCCGCAAACUUAUUGUAUACACCGCGAUCAUAUUCUGCUCCUAACAUGUAUAGUGCUCAAGCUCCAGCAAAUUGCUCUAGUACAUUGACAAGUAGUGGAGGCCGAGGCAGUAACUACCCAAACACCGACCACCAGAACAAUUCUGAUAAUUGUCUGAGAGAUACAUCUUCAAGAGCAGAACCCAUCCAAGCUUCAACUCAGCUGGUAGACAUGUCUGGGGGGCCUUCGUCUGACAACCAGUGCAUCAAUGAUAUAAGCAAGGUUUUUGAUGCUAAAGCUUUGCAUGGGCUUGGUGAUCCACAAGGUGAAAAUAUUCGAAGUUCCAACCAGCCAAGCAAGACCCCCACCAUUGUAGAAACUAAUGUGCAACAGCCUCAUGUGCAGACAGUUUCUGGUCGCAAUGGACCAUUUUCUGGAGAGUUACAUCAAAAUGGUAGUGUUACUGAUCCUGUUCGCUCUAUUCGAAAUAUGCCAAAUGUACAUUUUCCUCCAGCAAAAUCUGCUAUAUAUGACAAAUUGAUAGAAGAUAGUCUGGACUCGAAGUCAUCCUGUAAGGAUGCUGUGUUGUCUCAGGGUUUAUCAGAUUCAUCACUGGAUGUGUUAGAUGGAAAUCUAAUAUUAGGACUUUCUUUGAAGCAAGUUGGAGAGUUGAAGAUUCAGGAUGCAACUCCUGAUGGUGGAAAGGGAACUGCAGGCCUGUUGGGGGAAACUUCAGCAUUUAUUACAGCAUGUGCUACUUCAAAGGAUAAUAAUUCCCAUCAGAAGUCUAUACAACCAAUUGAUAAAGAUGAAAAUCAGGCCUCAGAGGAAUCUGUACAUGAAGGUGUAUUUAGUAGGAGCAAAUCAGAAAAGCAUAUUGGUGUUUGUCAUGGUGACAGUGUGAUGGUUGAUCUAUGCAUGUCAGAGGAGAGUUCUGAUCCCAAUUUUAUUAAGGAGCUGCUUGGGAAUGAGGAUGAGCCUGCAUUUAGUGAUAAUAUAUAUUCAGAACAAUCUCAUUCAUCUCCAAUUGUUGAUGAAUGUGAAAGAAUGGGUGUUUUGGGUGUAUCACGUCAGAUUGUAGAAUCUAAUGAACUGCAUAAGUCUGAGUCAGAUGCAUCACACAUGGAGAAUCAGAAGGAUACUACGCCUAUGACAGUUCCACCAUACUGUGACUUGUCAUAUGACCCUUUCCUCUGGACUCCAAUGGAAAUUGAAACUGCUUCAGGAAAUGCAGAGCGUGAUUUUGUUGAACAUAAUUUGAGGUUGCGAAGUGCAUACCGAGAUGUCAAGGAUUAUGCUGGAACCAAGGACAUGAGCGGGGAACCUCAAGUUACCAGUUACCAUAGACAGUUUAUGGGCACAGUUGACUAUAUAUGGUACUCUGAAGGUCUCCAGAUUGUCAAAGUUCUUGAUACAAUCCCAAAGCAUGUUUUGCAACGAACUCCUGGUUUUCCAACUCAGAAAUGGGGAAGCGACCAUCUUGCUCUGGUUUGUCAACUUGCAUUCCUAGCACCUCCUCGAGCUAGUAGAUUGUGUCAGGAUGUCAACAUAAGCCAGACGCCCACAUAGUGCUGCAUUGAAUUAGCUGUGGUCUGGUCUACAAAAUUUAUAAUAUAAAAUAUAUUGUAUGCAAUCUUGUCCGUUGGUAAUGGAAUAUUUAUUUAUAUCAAUUACUAGAUGGGGCCGGUUGGAACUUUUAUUCGUGCGUCAUCUAUAUAUGGAGGGGAUUUGGAUGAUAUGUUUUGGCCCUUUUGGGUGGGCUUCUUUGGAGUAAAUUGAUAUGCUAUUUUAGCU